AUGUCGCAUUCAGCAGCCGAUGAGAUAGACGAUGAUACAUUGGAUCCUGCUUUGAGAAGCGAAUCACAGGAAUUACCGCUAGAGGAAAGAUUGCAAGUGGAAGAAGCCAGUGAAUUACCGUCCGAUAAUCUUUCUGAGAAGAAGAUCAGUAAGAAAAAAACCAAAAAGUAUGUGAGUGAGAUGAGAAAUGCAUAUAAGAGUUGGUAUCUUGAUGAAGCGUAUGAGUUCUUUGAUCCGUACUCGCAGAACCAAGAUCUAAGGAAAUCCCGUAUACAUAAGGAUGGGAUCUGUAAGUACCUUCAAAAUGAGGACCCUAAACCGAGGUCGCGAGAAGAGUUAAGCGGCAUUGACGAUGGUGCAAGUGAUUCUGAUCUCGACUUUUCAGACGAAGAGGAACGUCGGAGUGGUGGAUAUUUGCAGAACCAGGGACUUGGCAGUUUAUGGACCGGAAGGGAAAAACAGGUAUUCUUUCAUAAUUUAUCGAGGCAUUCGAUACAUACACUGGAUGCGUGGUCUUCGCACAUACCGGGGAAGAGUAAAUAUGAGAUACUGAUAUACUAUCAGGUACUACGCAAGAAUUUAGAAGAAUUGAGGCGAUUACAGACUAAAAGACACGGGGGGAUAUUAGAAUACGGAGAAUUUCCGAUUGCAUACGAAAUGAGUGAAACAUGGAUCACUUUAGAAGAAGAAUUAAGCAAUGAGGUGGACGAACAAGUGCCGUUGAAUCAAGAAGAAGCAACGAACACUGAAAUAUCAGAUCCGGUUGCUGUUAUUGAUUGGAGCAAUUGGUACAAGAGAUGGGACAAAUUUUAUGCUAGACAUCGCUUACUAGAAUAUUAUCCAACCAACAGACGCCCCAACGUGUUUACGCCUGAAUCAAUGCAGAUCAUGGAACUGUUAGUCAGGCGGUACACUUCAAACCUACUCCGAGAGACUAUUAUUCCUUCGCUUGAGAAGAAAUGCGUACCACGAGACCUGUUAAUGUCCCAGAAAACAUUCAAGGAUGCUCGAAUGAAGAAACUACGCAGCACAUGUAACAUUACAAAAACCAUUCAGGAUGACCAAGACGAUGACGGUUCACUGGUGAUCCAAACUUCAAACCAUGAGUUCCCACACAUCGUCACGGAAAAUGAUGUGAUAAGUGCUCUCGUGAGACUAAGAUUAUACAACAAGGGCAAACUUUUCCUUACUUAUCCGGAAAGCAUAGUUGACAGUGUAGACAAAUUCCAAAUUGAAAUGGAAAGGGGUAAGAUAUUCAGAAACAAAAACGUACUGCGACAUUUGAAAGUACUACUAUACCUACAAAGCAGUAGAAUACAUUCCAAGCAGUUGACAUUUUCUCGAACUGACGAAAAGAUCGAUUGGGAAGGUGAUCUCAAUAGCGCCAACAACAGUAACAACAGUAUUGACAACGCAGAUCCUUCACUCAAUAAGAAACGUAAACCACUCGAUCCAAUCUUCGUAGACACACCAGAAUACAAGAAACAAAAACUCCAAGACGAAUCAAUAGACAAGGACGACGAGCUAAGGUCGAUCAAAUAUACACACACACUAUUGACAUGGAUGAACCUAUCACGUGACUCAGUCGCAGAACAACCUGAGCUGAUUCACGUGACCUGGUAA